ACUAGUCCAACACCUACACCUUGUUGUAUUCUAAUCUUUAAAGUUGAGAAUUGUGAUAUAUUAGUAAUACUAGAAUCAUGAUACAGAAAGUAAUGAUCUUAGGUCUGUUCCUGCUGCUGCUACAUUUUCCCAGCAUAUUUGCUGCUGCCACUGAUGAUGUAGGCUACUACUGCCCCGUCAACGGCUUAUCUUACACAGCAGGCAGCACAUUUCAAGUAAAUCUGAACACUACACUCUUCACCCACCUGAUUUCCAACGCUUCUCGCGCACUCUUCUCAACAUUCAGUAUCGGAACAGGUGUAGACAUAGUCUACGUCAUGUACUACUGCAGAGGGGAUGCGAGUCUAAAAACCUGUCAUAAAUGUGUCGAAACUGCAGCAGGAAGAAUACUAGAUGUCUGCAGAUUUCUGAAACAAGGCAUAGUUUGGUAUAAGGAAUGCACGCUGCGUUAUGCCAACAAAACGAUAUUUACCAUUAAUGAUGAAGAUCUUCGAGUUGCUUCACCGGUAUAUAACACAACUCAAGUUCUCGGUAACUAUUUGGAUAAGUAUAAGUCGAUAUUUGACACGGGUAUGAGAAACCUUAUUGAUCAAGUUGCUAAUAAUGUUAGCCUUAAACCACAAGGUUUUGCCACAAUACGAGUCAAUCUCUCGAGUCUUCAGACCUUACGCGGGGUUGCUCAGUGUGCUCCUAUGAUUACUGGUAUGUCUUGUGAGAGAUGCCUUGACGCGGGUCUUCGACUAAUGGAUCUAUGGACUAACUCUAUGGAAUUUCUUCCUGCUUGUUUUAUUGGGUUUGAUAUUUAUGGAUUACCUGCUUCUACCCCUCCUCCUCCUUCACCAUCUCUACCAGUGGGCAUCAAGGUUCUAAUUUCCCUGAUCUCCUUUGUUGUAUUGUUAUCUCUUGUUGGUGGCUUUUGGUUGUACAAGCGCCGUUUAUCAAAAGGGGAUCCACAUCCUCCACCUGCAAGAGGGGGAAAUGAAUUCUUCUUCCAACAAUCAGAUGAAUAUGAUCAAUCAAUUAUAGAAGAAGAUCUAGAGCCAAGUGAGAAAGGGAAGCAGCGUGGGCUGGCACAAUUCAGCUAUUCUGAGGUAGAAGAAAUGACGAAUGGAUUCCAGAAAAGAAUAGGCGAAGGUGGAUUCGCAGUCGUCUAUUAUGGUAUUUUACCAUAUAGCAGCAAAGAAGUGGCAGUCAAGGUGUUUUCGAAGAAUGAGGCUCCUAAGCAGUUUAGCACCGAGAUAGAAGUGCUAGGAAGAAUUUCUCACAAGAACUUGGUUUCCUUGUUGGGAUAUUGUGAAGAAGGAACCAAUUUAGCCCUUGUUUAUGAGUACAUGGCUAGAGGAGACUUGAAAGCUCUUCUGAAUGAAUAUUCCAAUGAAUUAAGCUGGAGAAAGAGAGUCGAAAUAGCAAUCGACACGGCUCAAGGACUAGAUUACUUGCAUAAUGGCUGCAGUCCUCCAAUAGUUCACAGAGAUGUAAAACCAGCCAAUAUACUCCUAAACAAAGAUUUCAGAGCAAUGUUAUCUGAUUUCGGGUUUUCCAAAAUCUUCCCCGCUGAAUAUGUAUCAAAUCUACAAUCCCGAGUUGUCGGGACUCUGGGUUAUCUUGAUCCUCAGUAA